AUGUCACGAUUUAGGCCGUACCCAGAAAUAGAGACUGAAGUAAUAUUUUCAGUUGAUGAUGAUCGAAUGGUUGGUCCUCAUGGUAUGGAAGAAGGUUUUGCUGCAUGGCAGGCAUUUCCUCAUCUUCUAGUUGGUCAUUGUCCAAGAUCUCAUUCAUUUCAAGACAGACAAUAUAAAUACUGUGGCAAACGAGACCCUCAUUAUUAUUCAAUGAUACUCACUGGCUCUGUGUUUAUACAUAGGUUGUAUCUUGAAAUGUUCACAGAUACACUUCCAGAAGCACUUCACUCUUUCAUAGACAAGAAUAUGAAUGGAGAAGACAUAAUAAUGAAUGACAUGGUUGCUGAUUAUCUGAAAGAGUUAGAUAUACCGCAGUGCUCUGGUUUAUUUGUCAAUAGCUCAACUGAUGAGAUUCAUAUCAAACCAAGUACAUCUUUAUUAGGCUCGCUAUCUCGAUACUUUUCUAAAGACCGGGCUAGUCUUUGGCAGCGUGAAGAUCAUGUUAAGAAGAGAAAUGACUGCUUGAACUUGAUUGUUAGUGUGUAUGGAUACAUGCCUUUAAUCAUGUGA